GCCAAAAUUAAACCCUAAGCGAUACCCAUCCAACGACGGCGGACUGCUACAGAGAGCUACAGUCUACCGGCGAAAUCAAACGUCAGUUGGCUUGAGCGAGGUGGAAGGAGACUUGUGGAGUUGCGGCGGAAGCCUGGCGAGCGGAUUCAGCGCGGCGAUUUGCGGACGGCUGCUGGCGGACGGCUUCUGACGGGCGCCUGGUUUGAAUGUUACACUUAAUCCCUUCUCUCUGUAAAUCAAUAUUUGGAUGAUUUUUUUUUUAUCUUUGUAAAUCAAUAUCUCUUAGAUUUCAGAAGGAGGAUUCAGUGAGUCAGACUUUCUUCUUUAAGUGGUGUUACGGUUAUGCUAUUGGAAGAAUUUUUAUGCUGAUAAAGUAGUUUUUACCUUCAUCAUUCAUGUUGCCAAUAUUUGAAACAUUUCCAAAUGUCUACCAUUCAACAACAUCUGUGAAGUUGUGUGACUUUGUCCAAAGCCCUAUGUUUGGGUACAUUAUAGUGUUCAUUCUCAUCAUCAAUCUUGUGGCUGUGGUAAUACUAUGAUAUGUGUAACCUGCAUAUUUACUACUAAAUCAGAGCAUUUGACACACAAAGUGUGUUUUGUAAAAUUUCAUAAUUUGCCCUAAACAUUUCAGCUUGAUAUAGAAGGCAUUUCUUCUCAAACCUUUUGGCAGAAGGUAGAAAUCGUCUUUGUUGAAUCGUUGUGGAAUUUGAAAGGAGUAUGUUACGUUUUAAAGAAGUUUGUAUUGAUGUAUGAUUUUAAAGAGGUAAAGGGAAUGCUGCAAAUAAUCAAAUGCUGCGAAUGAGCAAAAAAAAGUUCUAAAUUGAGAGGGAGAAGCAGGCGAGCAAGUUAGCGUUAUGUGAAGUUUUGGACACAUGCCACCAACACGGAUGCUCGCGCUACGACUGCCAACCAUGGCCGCCGCCGGUUUGGCUGCACAAUCAUUCCUACGGAGAGGCAUGACGUCCUUAAUACUUCCCCACUCUAUUGACCCAAUGACGGGCCUCUACACCACUGGGCCUUUUCUCAGCAGAACACCUCUUAGAUCUCCAGCAUUUGGAAUAUGCAGUGCAACACAUGCUAUAAAGGGUGAUGUGGAAGGUCUUACAAAAGGAGGAGACAAGGAUACAAUUGAGAAUGUUAAACACAUUAUUGAAAUGGCAGAGCGAGCAUCUUUAAGGAGAGAAGUUCUACAUACAGAUUUUCUCACACCACUUGUACUAAAAGAAUCAAUGCUAGUGGUAGGAAGGUUGAUAAAUGUCAAAGCUAUUGCUCAGGGAGGGUACCCAGAGGCUGAACGUUGCAGACUCUCAGUUGGACAUCCCGAGGUCUUGGCAACUGAUCCAGAUAUUGUUUCAGCCAUAAGGGAACUUCUCCUUUGAGCCUUGUUCUCAUGGUGAUUUCCUUGGAGCAAUCCUUGGCACAGGAAUUUCCAGAAAUAAGUUGGGAGAUAUUGUCUUGCAGGUUUUUGGAAGAUCCAAUUGCAGCUUGCUGUAACAUUGGGGACAGCUACUUCGUGCCUUUGAACACUUCUUCCUUCAACGUCCUGCUCUCUUGAUGAGUCAUCUCUUUGUAGAAUCACCUCCUGCCCUUGUACUUUCCAUUUGAAGGGAGAAAAAGGAGGCCAGGUCCUUAUUGUUCCAGAACUAGCUGACUUCCUCAUAUCGACGUUGAACAAGGUAGUACUCCUAGGGCAAUCAUCUGCACCAUCUUAGGUUGGAAAUGUUACUGUCUCCUGUAAAAAGAUUCCAUUGCUUGCACUUGAAUAUGAACCUCCAAGGACCAAGUUGCUGAAAGCGGUAGAAGCAUCAUUGAGACUUGAUGCAAUAGCAAGUGCAGGGUUCAAACUCUCGCGUACCAAAAUGGCAAGUCUCAUAAGUAAUGGAGAUGUGCGUGUCAAUUGGACUACUGUGAUGAAAAGCAACACCACUAUCAGAACUGGAGACUUCAUAUCUGUUGCCGGAAAAGGGAGAUUAAAGAUUGGAGAAAUAAAUUCAACUAGAAAGGGGAAGUUUGCAGUUGAGCUGAUCCGGUACAUUUGAAUUGUAAAGUUAUGUCACCAGAUAAUUGGGAAUGCGGCAUAGUUUUGAACAAAUAUGUUAUUUACUCAUGGGAUGAAAUAUUUUUUAAUGUAUUACCUGAAAAAGGCAACCCUGUGUCUUUGCCAUUCUCCCAUGUGUUAGCGGGGGUACAAAGGGGAGGGGCUCUUGCUCCACAGUUUAUGUUUGAAACUGGUAUUUUAACUAUUUUUAACAUAGGGAUCUUUUCAAUGGAAAUAUUUUUUCAAUGUCCUCGCAAAAAAGAAAGAUCUUUUCAAUGGAAAUAUUUUUUUAGAUUGGGUGAGAAUGUUAAAGAAAUGCAAAUAGAACUUAUAGGUUAGGGGUCUUUGUUUUUCAUUUUUUGGGGAGGUGCAAUGUUUUUUGACGCACUCACACCUUGAUAUUUGGGAAAAGGGUCAAAAACCCCUUUGGAGUUGUCCACAAAGGGCAUCUAUGCCCUUAAACACUUUUUUUGGGCAAAAAACUGUAAAGUCAUUGAAAGAAGGGCAAUCACCCCCUUGGCCCUUGCUAACGGUAAACCACUUAACGUGGCAAGUACGGAGUAUUCAAUUUGUUCAUUUGCUUACUAUGAACGUGUAUAACAAUUUAUAAAUGUAUUUUUAAUACUUUUUCUUUUAAUUUUAGUUUGUGCUCUAUUAAAGAAGUAAAUUUAGAAUACUU